GCUCGUUGUGUUUCAAGCGCAGCGCGAGCAACCAUUGGCAGAGAGCUCCAUGGCUGGGUGAGGUGGCAUGUCGCGAGACGAUCUCUCUCUUCCUUGUCAUCGUCGUCAGUUUGCCUUUGUCCUCGAAGCCACCGCACCCCCUCCACCAUGGCCACUGCCCAGAUCCCUGCCAUUAAGACCUCGACGCCGGUCCUCGCUGCCACGGAGGAGCGCAAGGUCUCCAAGACCAUGAAGACCAUCGGCGGUAUGGCCGGUGGCUUCGUCGAGGCCUGCGCGCUGCAGCCUCUCGAUACGGUUAAGACUCGCCUCCAGCUCUCGGGCACGAAGGACGGUGCCGUCAAGAUCGCCCGCACCAUCGUUGCCGAGGAAGGUGUGGCCGCGCUCUACAAGGGCCUCUCGCCCUUCGUUGCCCACUUGGUCAUCAAGUACGCGCUCCGCUUCUCGACCAACGAGUUCUACCGCGGCCUCCUUGCCGAUAAGGACGGCAAGGUCUCCAAGGUCGGUGGCUUCGUCGCCGGCGCCGGUGCCGGUAUCACGGAAGCCGUUAUGAUUGUGACGCCGUUCGAAGUCGUCAAGACGCGUCUCCAACAGCAGAAGGGCUCGACGAACCUCAAGUACAAGGGCCCGAUCCACGCCGCGCAGACGAUCUUCAAGGAGGAGGGCGCCGCCGCGCUCUGGAAGGGCUGCGUGCCCACGAUGACCCGCCAGGGUCUCAACCAGUGCUUCCUCUUCGGCUCGUACGACAUGCUCAAGCACGCCAUGUGGGGUCUCUCGCGCGACGACAAGAUCUCGUCGCACCAGGCCCUCGUGACGGGUAUGGUUGCCGGUAUGCUCGGCCCCGUCUUCAACACGCCGGUGGAUGUCGCCAAGACGCGCCUCAUGGCGCAGGCCAACAAGAUCGGCGAGGCUGCUCGCUACAACGGCAUGGUCCACUGCAUCAAGACCGUGUACAAGGAGGAAGGUGCUGGUGCGCUCUACCGCGGCCUCGUCCCGCGCAUGGCUCGCGUCGCGCCUGGCCAGGGUAUCACGUUUGCUGUCAUGGAGCUCGUCUGCCGCAACUUUGCCUAAGCGCUCGCUGCUAGUUUUAAUUGAAAUAGAAUGUAUGGUUAUGAUGGUACGAGG